UGCUAUUAGUAAGAACAAGUACGAUGACCAAGCUGGGUUUAUCAACGUUGCUUCUUAGCACCCUAUUACUUUUAAGUACUACUGUUUUAAUACAAGCAACAACUUGCCUUAAAACAUUGGCCAAAAAUGUGUCGAAAGAAGACAAAAUUACAAUUGUGAAUAAACAUAACGAACUGAGGUUGUUAGUCGCUCAAGGAAAAAUUACAGGCCAGCCGAAAGCUAUAAACAUGAAGAAAUUGUCUUGGGAUGAUUGUUUGGCAAAAAAAUCUCAAAAGUUAGCUGACAGUUGUUUUUUCGGUCAUAAACUAAUUACUUGUGACACAUUUUGGUGGGUCGGUGAGAACUACCAUAUUUCCCAAUUAAAAUCUGACGACUCUAACGCUCCUGACUGGAAUACUGCCAUUCAAUCUUGGUUCGACGAAAAUGCAGUUUAUACGUAUAAUAACGUCAUUCAAAAAGCAGCUGGUCAUUACACUCAGGUUGUAUGGGCUGAAACCACGAAAGUCGGUUGCGGAUAUACAUACUAUAAAACUGAUCUUAGUUCAUCCUAUCUAAAGUACUAUUUCUGUGCAUAUGGAGAGGGAGGUAACAUUCCUGGAGAAUAUCCUUACCAGAAUGGAACAUCGGGCUUUUUAAGUACUGUAUUUGUUUUAAUAAAUGUGUACUUUGUUUUUGGUGCUUGCCCAAAUGGAACAUUAAAUCAAGGAGUCACUUCGGAGGAACAGGAUUUGAUUGUAUCUUUACAUAAUGGUUUUAGACUAGAAAUAGCAAAUGGAACUGUAUCUAAUCAACCUAGGGGUAUUAAUUUAAAAAGAAUGAAAUGGGAUUCCUGUUUGGCUAGUGAAGCCCAAAGAAUAGCGAAUACUUGCGAAUUUAAACAUCAAGAAGUUACUUGCUCUGCAUGGAGUGCAAUUGGUCAAAAUCUAUACACAUCAUCCUCAACCUCCGGUAGUAACAAAGCUAGUGACUGGAGGGCUGCUACGACUUCUUGGUUUAACGAACACAAAGUUUACACAUACAGCUCCACUUACAACUCUAAUGCCGGUCACUACACACAGAUGGUUUGGGCAAGCACUGACAGAGUAGGUUGUGGUUGGACUUAUUACACAGAUUCCAGCAAGUUCAAAUAUAAGAAACUUUAUGUAUGCAAUUAUGCACCUGCGGGAAAUUACGUUGGUGAAUAUCCUUACAAAACCGGUGAUAGCGGUUGUGAGAAUCUCUGUUAGUUAAUUCGACAUAUUGUUA